AUGCCCCGCCUGUUUCGACCUUACGAGUCCCCUCUGCCAACGGCAACCAGUGAAAUAUCCGGCCCCGGUGACGAUCUCUCGCAUCAGGCGGCCAAUCCCAAGAUGUUCAUGGACCGACUGGCUUCUCUGCGAAAGCAAAUUGGCCUGGAGAACACUACGUUGAGCCUGUCCGAGGGACUUUCCGAUGACCCCAUGAACAGUGGCGAGGGUCGCGUCUCCGGUGGUGCGGUCGUCAACAAUGCUGUCCUUGAAGCAACUCUGCGGGUGAGUUUGGCCUACUUGCUUUCGCACUUUUACCGUGUUUACAAAACCGCCUUUUCGCUGUCAGUAAAUACUGGCCAGUUGUUGUGA